AUGGCUUGUAGAGGUUGUUUGGAGUGUUUGCUCAAGUUACUCAACUUUCUACUGGCGAUUGCUGGGCUUGGUAUGAUUGGUUAUGGUGUCUACUUAUUUGUGGAGUACAAGAGAGCAACCGACAACUCUCUUUCAUUCACUCCGAUUAAUGGAGACGAUCAAAGUUACGUCUCGUUUGGGAGGCCCAUGCUUAUGGCUGUGGCACUCUCUUCCAAUGUGUUUGAUAAUCUCCCUAAAGCUUGGUUCAUAUACUUGUUCAUUGGUAUCGGCGUGGCUCUCUUUGUUAUAUCAUGCUGUGGCUGUGUUGGUACUUGCUCGAGAAGCGUCUGCUGCUUAUCUUGUUACUCUCUUCUUCUGAUCUUGUUGAUCUUGGUGGAGCUUGGAUUUGCAGCAUUUAUUUUCUUCGACAACAGCUGGAGAGAUCAACUUCCUUCUGACAGGACUGGAAACUUCGAUACGAUAUAUAAUUUCCUGAGAGAGAACUGGGAGAUUGUAAGAUGGGUAGCUCUAGGAGCUGUUGUUUUCGAGGCUUUGCUUUUCUUGCUCGCCCUUAUAGUUAGGGCAGCUAAUUCGCCACCAGAGUAUGACAGUGACGAUGACUAUAUUGCUCCAAGGAGACAAAUCAGGCAGCCAUUCAUCAACCAGCAACCCGCCCCUGUCACCGGUGUCCCAGUCGCUCCUACUUUGGACAACCGCCCGAGCCGCAGUGACCCUUGGAGCGCACGCAUGCGGGAAAAGUAUGGGCUUGACACAUCUGAGUUCACGUACAAUCCGUCAGAGUCACACCGGUUCCAGCAAAUGCCGACGCAACCAAAUGAAGAAAAGGGCCGAUGCACCAUCAUGUGA